AGUAUCUGUAUGUGCAGUUGGUGGAGUUCUCUUUUGUAUAUCUUCAUAAUUUCCUCAGUGUUAGGAUCUACUAUUAUACAGAGUAUUCUGCAUCUUUGAUGCAUUUAAGAUGUUGAUAUUGUUGCCACAAUAGAACUAGCAGAUUGGAUCAGAUGUAGAUUUUCCUACAUUUCAUCAAGUGCAAGUUCCAACAAGUGGCUUGUGCAGGCAGCAGUCGGAUAAGGUCCACAGUUGAGCAGGAUUAUAAAGUUUGUUGUUUGCUUUUAUGGAUCAGAAUGUGUGCAUGUGUUUGUCUGAUAAGUAUUUUGGUUGUAUUUUGCUAUGAACAGCGUUUUUGCACAUUUCUUUUUAUAGCCGAGCACUGCUUCCCCUUUCGACAAAGUGCAGGAAAAUGGAAGUUCCGCCAGAAAUCUGUGAGAAACCAUCAACUUUGAGGCAUCCAGCGACAAAACAGACAAGGAUUACGCAAUACUUAAAGAAAGUGAAAUCUCGGAGAAUAAAAGUGAAUAAAUUGAAACAGAAUACUUGGAGACCUUCAAAAUGUCAAGGUGGAAGAAUGUCUACCGAGAUGAAGGAAGUAAUGACGCCGAUUAUUCAAACGCCCUCUGUCAACGUGAAGGAAGCAACUACAGGACCACAGGUUCACAAUGUGAUGAAGAUACAAAAUGGAAAGGACUUCCAGAACUUUGGGAAAAUCACACAUGCAAUAGAAAUGACAAAAAUGAAAACUUUGUUGAAACUGGGUGAAUCAGUUUGUAAGGUGUGCGUUAACGGUAGAGUCUGUGGCAUAGGGUUCCUUCUAUUUCAGCGAUUCAUUCUAACAAAUGCUCAUGUUGUCUUGCAUAUCUUAAAUGACAACAUGCAACAGCUUUCACAGCUUUUUACAGUCACUUUUGAUGAGCUGCCUGACAGGAAAAUUCCUGUUGAGGUAACUGCAUAUCGAUAUGGUCAUGACAGUUCAUACCGUCCACUGAACUAUGCUUUACUGCAGCUGGUGGGCUCAGAGGAAAACGUGCCUCCAAACCUUCUGCCACCAGCACUUCUUAGCAAGUGCAGCCAUUCUCCACAGGAGGGUAAAAUCUUUAUCAUCGGUCAUGCAGAGGGGGAUGAGAAAAAAAUGUGUAUUACUUUCAUCACUGAAUUUGAAAAGCGACCCAUGGCUUUUUGCAGGUAUUUUUCAGAGAACCGUGGACACCUUGCAGAAAUAAUGGAGUCUUUGUGGAAGGAAAAAUGGGACUUUGAAUUAAUGGACAAUCCCCAUGUAAUGACUUAUGAUGCAAGUUUUUUGCACGGGACUUCUGGCUCUCCGGUAUUCCAGGACAGCUGUCAGCUAGUUUCUUUGCACACUGGUGGAUACAGCUAUACAAAGGAUGGUAAAAGUUACAGCAUCAUGGAACAUGCCUUUCCCAUUAUGGCUAUAGUACAGGAUAUUCUGUAUAAAUUAUUACACAACAAGGUUAUGCAAAAUCAGCAUAAACUUGAUUAUUUGGCAGGGUUCAGCAGAGAAGCUUUGAGAGGGACACAGGACAUGAUAUGUAUGAUGGCAGAGUUUAUAACUGAGGUUGUAUUGAAGCUUGGAGAGGACCAGCUCUACCCAUCAGCUCUGCAGGUGCUUCUGAAUGCAACGAAGGGGACCACACAACGUGUUAAAACACAGUUGCGUAAAGCACUGGGAGUUGCAAUAAAUACAAAGCCAUCAUUUAAGGACAUUUCUCAGGAGGGCAUGUUAACAAUGGCAAAUACAGGAGAAGAAAACUCAGGCAUGAAAACUCUUUGCCGUUUCCUGUUUGAAGAAGAGAGAAGGGCAUUGAAAGACAUCCAUUUAAAUGUACUGGGAGAGGAUAAACAGCAAAUGAAAAACAGGGGGAAGGCAAAAGGCAGACCAGGAAGAGAGGGAAAUAUGCAGAGCAAGGCAUUGAUGAGAUUCUGAAAUUGACAGUAGAUUUAAAGAGCGCUUGUAUUAUGUUUUGAACUCAUAACACCACAUUCGUAUAAAAGGAAUCCUAUUGCUCCUGUCAUUUCCAACUAACUUAAGACUGAAUUCUGUGUGAAGCACAUAGAAACACUGAAUAUGCCUUUCUCUCUGUGUGUUAGUAUACCUGAAUAAAUGAUGCAGUUAUAUCAUUUGAAUCAAUCUGACCACUCAAAAUGUGAUUGAUCAGGUGUUUAUGAUUGGCUGGUUUAUUACUGAGGUUUUUAUGAGAUAUACACGAUAGUUCUGCAUGGGCUUCUGUGUAUCUGUGUGGGAAGAUAGACUUGAAGAUAUCUUGGCUAAACGGUAUUCCCCCAAGAAUCAUUAGUCAGUUGGUGCCAACAACAUAUUUUGUUUAUCUAAACUGCCCAGGGAGCUGAAGUCCAUUGCUUACAGUAGUUGAACCAGAUGAUAUCUCUGAAGAAAGUACAGGGCCAGUGCCCCCUUGAUGUUAUUUUGUUUUACUGUGUUAUGUUUUUCCUUUUUUGUUCUGGAAGGGUCAUUUCAGUGUAUAAUAUUUUAAUUUAAAAUGGGGGAAGUCUGCCCUUUAAUCUUGUAUUUGUUGUUUAAUUUCAAAUCCAGUGUGCUGAAGUGCAGAACCAAAAUAACAAAAGUUGCAUUAGUGUUACCUGUAUAUGAGGUAGAGGGGUAAUGUAAUAUUUUGUUUGAUAUAAGCCACAUGUUGUAAGAUAAUUUAAAAAGGUGGCUUUCCCUUUGAUCAGUGAUAUGAGGGCAAUGUUGGAUCUGUCUAUAUAGACACUUCAUUCAUGGUUGACUGAAUCUAGAAAAAUGUAAAAAUGACUGUACUAUUAAUUUGUAUUGUUUCACAGCAGACAAUGUCAAGUCAUAAAUGUGUCAUGUUGGGGACAAUAAUAUGUGCAAUUUCUGUUUUGGGUUAACUUUUUGCACCAUUGCUUUUCCUUUAUUUAUUUGACAGACAUUUUACGUUAAAAUGUACGGGAAACCUUUAUACUUUUAAUUCAAUCCAUUUACUUUCAUGUUUCAAUGUUUUUAUUUUAGUAAUCACAUUUUUUCUGACAUCCACAGUUAUCCAAAAUUAUCGGCACCCCUAACAGUCAAACAUUACAGCAGGUUAAUGAUUAACUAAUGAGUACAAGACUGAUUUUGUUUCAGCCAUUUUUUAAUGCAGGAUUUAAAACUUUUAAAAGUACUGCUGAUAGUCUCUGAUACUAGUCGGCAAUUCCACAACACGGCUGCUUUAACUGAAAAAGCUGUCCUGCUGAACUUUGUGACCCGGCGUUUGAUGUAACAGUCCCCUGCUGCUGGGGAUCUUGUUGUCAUUGUGGGAGUUUUACAAUGUGCUACAAAUUGUUUAAAGGAGUAACAUGGUGGUUGGUCACACUUUAUAGGUCUUUAUAUGCAAUUUGCAUAUUGAAUAUCCUAUUUUCAACCGGUUAGGAAUGUUGUAGUGCAUCACCCAAGGAUAACCCUCCCCUAUAACUUGUGACCCACAAGCUUGCGCUGCUGGUCGACAGGAAAGUGAAGGGUAAAUGAUAGGCAUUUAUAUAGCUGUACAAUUGAUGCUUCUCUUUCACACUCACACACCAAUGGUGAUUGGCUGCCAUGCAAGCCACCAACCAGAUCGUCGGGAGCAUUUGGGGGUUAGGUGUCUUGCUCAGGGACACUUCGACACACCCAGUGCAGGGGAUCGAACUGGCAACCCUCCAACUGCCAGGCGACUGCUCUUACCGCCUGAGCCAAUGUCGCCCCAUUCAUAACUAAUUGACAGUCUCACGUCAUAGCUAAUUGAUAGUUUUCAUUGCCAUGCCCAGACAGUUUGGGUGAACCUUUAUAGUGGGAAAUGUAGGAUGACAUGUUUUUGAAUGCAUCUAAAAGACUGAAUAAUAAAAAAACUUGUACACAUUUGUUUAAUUGUCAAGUGGCAAGUGUCCCAUUCAACCACUAUUUUACUCCUUGAAGUGGUGGUGGGGCAAGGCCAUGAGAAAUUGCAUACAGCAAACAGAUGUUAGCCUUGAAAAGGAAAUGUUCAAAUGUCAAAAGACAUAUUAAUAAUAUUACAAUGGUGGUGGAAGUUUUUAUUUUAUUGUAUCCAGUAUUCAUCAAUGUCUGUUUAUAAAAUAGAUGAAGCUAGCCUGAGACAAAGUUGUAAGAUACGACAGUAUCAUAAAGUGUAUAAUCUGUAUACUGUAUAAUCUUGCUGCAUCAGUAAAAAUAAAUAAACUUAACUAAGCUAAAUUGCGUUAAUGGCCCCUGACAUGAGCAGCCCCAGUUAUGAUGGACAGAUUGACCCAUUUUAAACUAUUAGUAAAAAGAGGAUGGACACUUUUGGAGAUAUAUUUCAUAGCCAGUACUAAACCAGUGUAAAUGCGAUUCUUUUAUUUGGAGUUCUACUCUGUAUUUGUUUUUUGCCUAUGUGAUGUCUUUGAAUAAAAAUUUAAAUUUUUUUGUAA